AUGGUGGACCCGAACACGGGGAUCUGGGGGCAUUUCGCGCACAUGCUGGCGGCGUUUCUUGUGCUGGGCACGGCGGAGGCGCUGAGGCAGGACAACUUCGAGAUCGAGGCGGCGGGGCCGGUGAUGCUGUACCGCGACGCCGAUCGCCGGCCUGGGGACUGGGGCGCGUGGGCGUCGACGGGCAUGGCCGUGGUGGGCAUCGGAGGCAUGAUGCUCUUGCUAUCGCUGCCAGAACUACUCGCGAUGGGGAGCUGGACGAGCCCGACGGCGUGGUGGUUCGCAGACGCGACGUCGAUGCGGCACACGUGGAUCAUGGCGACGCUGCUGUGGCCGCUCAACGACGUGUGCGAGACGGUUGUCUUCUGCCUCUGGCGGGAAAGGUCGCGCCGGCGCGCGGAGAGGCACAUGUGGGUGGUGUGCCGGCCGGCGUGGAUCGUCUCACUGGUGACGAGGCUGUGGGGGCUGCUGUGGUGGACGAGCAUCUGGAUGCUGGCGGCGCUGGUGGACUGGGGCGUCGAGAUUUACGCGCGGGGGGAUGCUGCCGUGGGUGUGGCAUGA